GUUCAAGUGAAAAUUUAGCUAAUGGGUCAAUCAAAUACAAAACAAGCAGCAACAAAAAACCAAAUAGGAAUAAAUUCAUCAUCAUCAAUAAAUACAAUAGCAUCAGUAAAUGAUAAUUCGACUCAUUUCAAAGCAAAGAAUUAUCUUUCAAAAGUUGAAUAUGUUUCAAUGAAACUAAUUUUUAAUGAAUUAAAAUCAUCGUUCAUAGAUCAUUUUGAAUGUAUUGAACUCAAACAGUUUUUGGAAUUUUUAAAUUUACCGCCUGAAAUCGAACCAUCAUCUAUCCUCUUAUUUAAAUCUCUUUCAUAUUUAGGAUCGUAUCCAGCACAUAAAAUUUCUGGACCCGUUCCCCUAUCUUUUGAUUCAUUUAUAACCGCUUUUGUUGUACUCGCUGGUCGACUAGAUAAACCUGAUAAUCCCAUUUCCGAAAAUCUAUUUUUUCAAUCUUUAUCAGUUUUACCAGCUCCAGACGAAAAUGAAAGUGAUGAAGUAACUAGUAUAGAACAAGAACAAGAAGAGGAAGGGUCAACUAAUGUUGAAGAUGAAUCAGUGCCUAAUCGACAUUCACGAGGAUUAUCAUUAGCUGAACUUGGUAUUGAUUUCGAUGAUCUUGAUUUGGAUACAAAGAAGGAUACAGAGAAAUUAACUAAUCAAGGUCCAGAGAUUUUAUGCCGUGAUUUAAUUGAAAUAUUUGUAUUGCUUUUAUGGCUUGGUGAAGCUGAUAAAGAUAUAAAACAUGAUUUUAAGAAAAUUAUUGAUAUGGCUAAAUACAUCGUUUACAAUAUUAAAUCUGUAAAGACAUUAACGAAUAAUAACACCUUUGAAGCUAAUAGUAGCGUUAUGGAUGAUGAAUAUCCUUGUAUAUCAUAUGAAUUAUUUUGUCGUUGGAAAAAUAGGUUUUCAACUCAUCUUUUCAAAUCUUUACAAUCAUUCAUUACAAGAUCAUUUACGUAUUAUGAUGGUGAUACCACUAGUACUGUACCAAGAUCAGCUAGAUUCAAACUACUUCCUGAAGAUAAAGUACCUGAACCUAUUCAAAGUGACAUUCUUAUACCUCUUUACACUACUUUAUUAUCCUGGUUAAUACCCGAAAAUAUACUUGUUACUAAACAAUGGUUAAGACUAUAUUCUGCGGAUCAAAAUGGCUUUUCAAUGAAUCGCUUUGAAAGUCAUGUAUUUAAAUAUCCUGGACCCACUCUUUUUAUUCUCGAGGUAGAUGCUGUUUCAUCAUCCUGCAAUGCAAUAGUAAGACAGUCAUCAGAAGAUUGUAGUAAAUGGUCAGAGACAGUCAACAAUAAUAGGGGUGAGAAGAAGCAAAUCCGUCAAACUAUUAUUUUAGGCGCUUAUGUUGCGCAACCUUGGAAACAUUCCAAACAAUUUUGGGGAACUAAUGAAUGCUUUUUAUUUGAAUUGUAUCCUUCGUUUGAUGUAUUUCGGCCUGUUAUAAAAAAUCAUACUAAGGAUGAUAGUAAAAAUGACCAUUACAUUUAUUAUCAUCAUGAUUUUGGCAUUGGGUUUGGAGCAAUGAAUAAGCAGCCUCCUUUAGCUCGUUCAGUUACUGCCACAACUCAACAAAACGAUUUUAUUAUAUUUUUACAAAAUUCUCUUCAAGAAGGAAUUUAUCAAGUUGAAGCAUACCCACCUCAACCAAGCUUUGAAAGUAUGACAGAAUCAAGAAAGAAUUCAUCCUUUUUCUAUAAAUUCAACACAGUUAAUAUUGAAGUAUUUGGGUUAGGGAAUGAGAAAGAUAGAGAAAAACAAUUAAAAGAAUGGAAGUUUGAAAAACAGGAAGCAGCAAGAAGGUCAGGUGUAAAUAUUAGGCAUUUAGACGGACAAUUGGAUAAAGAGUUGCUGAAGAUGGCUGGUAUCAUUAAUGAGGAUAUGAGGCAAGAUCGUUAAACCAAAAAAAAAAAAAAGUGAUGAUACUUAUUAUUUAUAUAUUUGUAUGCCCUUUUAUUAUUAUUAAUUGUAUGUAUUUGUAUAUAUACCUUUUCAUUUAAAUAAUAAAUCAGCUUUGAAUUUAAAGUUUUUUUUUUUCUUUGC